AUCUGCUGUCAUCACCAUCUUCAACAGAAACUACAUCCAGCUCCAUCACUGACACAGAAAACGUUCUCUGACAACGAGCCACAGGAAAAGAGAGGAGAACAUGUCUUUUGAGGUGAAGGAGAAGACAGAGGUGCGUCUGGUGUUCUUGGGAGCGGCUGGAGUUGGGAAGACGGCUCUCAUCCAACGCUUCCUCAAAGACACCUUUGAGCCCAAGCACCGGCGCACGGUGGAGGAGCUCCACAGGAAGGAGUACGAGGUGGCGGGAGUCAAGGUGACCAUCAACAUCAUGGACACCAGUGGCAGCUACUCCUUCCCCGCCAUGCGCAAGCUCUCCAUCCAGAGCAGCGACGCCUUCGCCCUGGUCUACGCCGUGGAUGACCCCGAAUCCCUGGUGACGGUCAAGAGCCUGCGAGACGAGAUCCUGGAGGUCAAAGAGGACAAGUUCACGCCCAUCGUGGUGAUAGGCAACAAGAUAGACCGCCACAACGAGCGCCAGGUGUCCAGCAAGGACGUGCUGUCCACGGUGGAGCUGGACUGGAACCACAGCUUCCUGGAGUCCUCCGCCAAAGACAACGUCAACGUGCUGGAGGCCUUCAGAGAGCUGCUCCAGCAGGCCAACCUGCCCAGCCGGCUCAGCCCGCCGUCGUACCGGAGACGGGAAACCUUCCCCAAGGAGAGUGCCAAACGACCUCCUAUGAACAAGACCAAGAGCUGCCUCAUCGCAUAGUGAUGUGGAGACACUCAGAGGGCAACAGAAGAAGAAAAAGAAAAGACGGCGAGAAAGCUGCCAAAACAAUCCUCAAAGGGGCUCUGUUGGUGUGGAGCUUCAUCCCAAGAGACAGUGUUAAUAGUGUUAAGACUCUAAUGACACACUGAGCCUGUUAACUAUCUAUCAGGCUUGAAAGCACUGCAGGUGUAACGAUGCUACAGUGAGGACGGGCAUGUCACCAUGAAGAGAGAUGCCACCUCACAGACAUGAAGCAAUGUGGCUGAACAACCGUCUGAACUCUGAAAAUCAUGAAACAGUGCACAGACACUGCGUACCGUGAAGGUUUAAAAUGAUGUUGAAUAAAUGGUGACGAAGCAGCGUUAUGUCAUAAGUUCAGUUUACACCCAAAUGUAUACGUCAGGUUUAAUGUUUAGGUGUUUAAGAUGUGAAAUUAUUGUGAAGUGAUGGGUAUUUGUGCAAAAGUGUGUUUACAAAAAGAAAAGUGUUCUGAUAGCAGCACAUCAAACAUCAUGUUGGGAGUUAUUGUGCAGCCUGUGCUGUAACUGAUAUUAUGAAAUGCAUACUUACUGUCGUUUUCUGUCUCUUUGUAUCUGACUAAUAAAUCAUAUUUUGUAGUGUGAGA